AUGGUUGUGUCAGGAUGUUAUACUUGGUCUGGUCAUUUCGGUACAUAUUUUAUAGAAAUUUUGUUCUAUCAGUUCAGGGACACUGCUCUAAAGUUUCGCCCUGAAUUCUGCUCUAGUUUUACAUUCGUAAUUUUACAGGAUUAUGUUUUACGGAAUACAGAGCUUGAGGAUUUAUUUUCAACUGCACCUGAAAGUCCCUGGGAUGAAGCUCCUUGUAAAGAUGCAGUUGAGAGAACUCCACUGGGAGGAUUAUCUCUCUCUCUGGGUUCCUUUCAGAGGUGGGUACACCAGCUUUUUGUUGCUAUUCACUAUGUAGAAUUUGUAUUGCAAUGGGCUCUUAUGGCAUUACUUGACCCAGUUCAAAGUCUUGCCAACUUAAUAUACAUUGGUUACAACUGCAAUGCUGCAUCGGCCCUCAAUAUCACUAGGAGAAGAUCAAUAGACAGGAGAAAGCAACAAACAGAAUGCAGUGUUUUCCAGUGCUUUGUUUUUGGACCUAAAAAGGCUGGAAAGUCUGCAUUGUUGAUGUCAUUGUUGGACAGAUGGAUACAGUUUUCUUCUCUUCCUCUCACUGACUCUAUCUAUGGUGGGUGGGUGCAUGAAAAUGUGAAGUAUGGCCUGAAUUCUUUAACAUUUAAACUGUGUGACUUGUGUUAUGAUGCUUUUGAUGCAAUAAUCUACCUCUUCCUGAAGCAGGGUAAUAAGAAAACUCAUGCAUUUCCGGAGAUUCCAGAAGACGGAGUUAAGAAACUUCUACCGAAUAAGGAAUCCUUGGCUGAUUGCAAUGUAGUAAUUUUUGUUUAUGACAGUUCUUUAGGAUUGGAGACAGAGAGAGUGAAGUUUGGCAGGAAGGCAAUUGAUGUGAAAGGAAAUGAUACUGGGAAAUCAACGCGGUGA